CUUAAAUCAUUUCAGGAUGUUCUAGAAAAGAAGAAAUGCCCAAAUCCCGGCCAAUAAAUCCCGGCCAAUACACACAGCUGACUCUAUUUAAUAGGCUGCGGUUAUCAACCAGACACCAUUCUCUCAUCCAGUACCGUUUUCUUUCCUUCUCUAUUUCGCUUUUGUUUUUCAGGGUUUGAAAUGGCUCAAGAAGGAGAAGUGAUAUUGCUGGACUUCUGGCCGAGCAUGUUUGGGAUGAGGGUAAGGAUUGCUCUGGCCGAGAAGGAGGUCAAGUAUGAGUACAGAGAAGAGGAUCUCAGGAACAAGAGCGAGCUUCUUCUGAAGAUGAACCCGAUUCACAAGAAAAUACCGGUUCUCAUCCACAACGGAAAGCCGGUCUGCGAAUCAAACAUCGCAGUGGAGUACAUUGAUGAGGUUUGGAAGGACAAAGCCCCUUUGCUGCCCUCUGAUCCUUAUCAGAAAUCCCAGGCUAAGUUCUGGGCCGACUACGUUGACAAGAAGGUUUAUGAAACUUGUAGGAAAACAUGGACUUUAAAAGGAGAAGAACAGGAAGCAGGCAAGAAGGAGUUUAUAGAAGUUCUAAAGGUGCUGGAAGGAGAACUGGGAGAGAAGCCAUACUUUGGGGGUGAGAAGUUUGGGUUUGUGGAUGUUUCCCUCAUUGGAUUCUACAGCUGGUUUCAUGUGUUUGAGAGCUACGGCAACUUCAGCAUUGAAGCUGAGUGCCCUAAGCUGAUUGGAUGGGCUAAGAGGUGCAUGGAGAGGGAGAGUGUCUCCAAGACGCUUCCUGACCCUCACAAGGUGUAUGAGUUUGCCAAGAUGCUAAAGGAGAAGAUGGGCAUUGCUUAAACACUACUUAUCAACUAAUAUUUCAUCAAUAAAUAAAUAUGCUCAAUUUCCUUGGGCUCAAAUCCAAUCCUAGCUAGUUUUGAAGUGUUGUGAAUGCAUCUGGUUGAUGUUUAUGUCAAUUUGCAGAAGUUGAUGUUGUUGGAGUCUUAUGUGUAGCAAGGACACUUGAUUGUGUCUCCUACAUACUUCUUGGAUUAAAGUAUGGAAAUAAUGUUAGUUCUUAAUGGCUACUUAACUUUGUUUUGAAAUGAUUUCCUCUCUUCAAAGUUCAAAUUGUAUGUAGUACAAUUCUAGAACUUGAAUGUAGUUUUUUUUCCUCCAAUUUGGCACUUAAAAAUAUAUAUCUAGAAGUUAUAACUGGUGAAAAUCGCCUCCUAUCAGUCACUGGAGAAGGCCAUACAUUUUGAUCAUUUAACAAUAAUAAAGAACUUAAAAC